GAGAGAGAGCGAGCCUUGGCCUUACAGCGAAGAGCGAACAAGAGACCAAAACAACCAAAAUAAGUUACGUGAAAUUAUAAAUAAAAAAUAAGGAAAUAAACUUUCAUCGGCCGACCAGCCAAAUACAACAAAGUAGUGCUCCAAAAACUGGCAACACAUUUCUGUUUUCGCCUCGUGCCAUGUGAGAUACAUCAAAUUUAAAUCGGAUCGGAAAUCAGUGUGUACUGGUGCGCUAAUUAGCGGAAGACAGCAAUUUAUUAAAUGCGAAAAAAGCCCCACAAUCAUAACUUCCAUUUCGACACGAAAGCCCAAGUUAAAUUGCCGUUCCGUGGAACUGUGCAUCAAAUGAAUGUGCAAAAAGUGCAAUAAAUCAAUGAAGUGGGAGAGCCGCAAGAGGCAGAGAGACGGAAGCAGUUCCCACAACAAAAACAAGGAGAGCAAGACUUAACGGGACACUGACACCCAAAACUUACAGGCACUACGAGAUUUUUACGCUAGUUCUAGUUCAACAGCUCCAAAAAUGGACGAGGUCUUCAGCCUGCACAUGGACAAACUGGACGUUUACGACGUUCUCUUCCUGGCUGGCAUUCUCUCCGUGAUAAUUUUGAUCUGUAUUUAGUUUAAAUUCAAUUUAAAACUAACAAAAUGGAGCAGAAAACAGAGAGACGAAAAUGUUGUUGUGAAAUUACACGAAAAACAGCUGCUCAACUUCGGACCAGUGUUGGAAAGCGCGCACUGCGCACACUGCCCAGCAAACAAAUACAUUGCGGUAUUAUUAAAUUAAUGGAAAAUCUAAAUUCAAAUUCGGCGAACUAUAGCCCUGGAAUGUUAUUCAACAAAUGUCAUUAACCCGAAACUUUUUCGUUUGCUCAGACGUUUUUUUUAUUAUUUAUCAACUGUUUAUACAAUUUAUUUGUAAAGACUGAUUUCUUGUAUGUAGAUGUAGUCUAAUGCAAUAAAAUUAAAUGAAAUGUAAUACGUAAUAGUCAAUAAAUGUUUUGAAUAAGCAAGAGUUUAAA